AUGGAAAUGAGAGUUCCUGCUGUCCAAUUGUUUGACAUUUUUAAACUUCCUAAAAACUGCAACUUGGAGAAAAGACUUCAGAUUCAAGAUGCUGCAAUAUUUGCUGAGAGGAUGUAUUCUGGAAUCAGUGUGGAGGAUGAGAUGAAGUUUAGCGAUGGUUUUCUUUCAGUAGUAGACAAUAAUUCCGGUAACUGGAAGUGCAAAGAACUGUCUGAAGAUACGAGGAAAAAGAUUAUUUCUCUACAUAAACAGGGUCACCGCUCUCCAAAGAUUUCCAAACUCCUGAACCUGAGCCGAAGUACUGUGGCCAGGACCAUACGGCGGUUUAAGAUUACUGGUGGUUUUCAGAGCUUGCCUCGCUCUGGUCGACCAAAGAAGUUGACCUCAGAUUUUCAGAGUCUAAUCCACAAGUUUUAUUUGGAAAAUAAAGGUAUCAGUGCUCCGAGCAUUGCUGCAGAGUUAAAAGCAGUGACAGAUAAGUCUGUCAGCCCCCAGACCAUACGGCGUGUCCUGAACCAAGUGGGUCUACAAGUGAGUCAUCCCAAAGGGCGGUGGCCGAGUAAGUCCCUCAAUGACUCUCGCCCCGAAGACCAGAAGAAGAGGACGCCUCUUCCAAAAAUGAGGCUCUUGUAA